AGUUUCAUAUUCCUAUAAAAAAAAAUGACCCGCAACUUAGUUGUUAAUGCGUCAAUUUAACGUGCAAUAUUGAAUUAACUUGAUAAGUGACCUUUCAAAGUUUUUUUUAUGUAGAUAUCAAUAUGUUGUAGGUUGAACAAAUUAAACACUGGUAUGCGAUUCCGGGAUACUAGCAUUUGUAGUUUUUUUAUUACCGCCCCGGACAUCGCGUCUGGUGUAUGAGAGUGAUUUGGACUAUAUGACUAAGGAUGUUUUCACUAAAUACGUGACAUUGUUAUAUAGGAUCUACAACUUACACUGAACAAAAAGACAACGAAACAAAAUCAAGCGUGAGAUUUAUGAUUUCUCUUACGUAAUCGGGAAUUCCCAAUGAAUUGUUUCGAUAUAAUUAUCGAAAUGAAUGGCAAAGCAUUGAAUUAACGUUGUCUGAAUACAUUUGACCAUCAUCCGUGAAACGAGGACAAAUAUUUGUGACAAGAGAGUUCAAGAAGAUAGACCCAUAUCCAUCAGUCACUGUAGAGGGAACACAUUACCUUAUGUAAAUGAGCGCUAGCACCACCCUCCUAAUGACUGUCGUGUCAUGUGCACUGAAGCGUAACGUGUGUAAGGAAGCGAAACAAACGACAGCCAUUAUCUCAAAAUAGGUAAUAUGCAGUACUAGAGAGAGAGGGGGCGCAUAGUUUUACUUGUAGUGGCCUUACAAUCAGCUGACUGUGUUUCCCGAUCCCCGGCACGACCCCGAGAAAACCCCGCUUCCUCCCAGUGACUGAGGGUAAAAUGUCUGAGACAAUCACCACAACACAAGUCCCCACGGAGAAACAGAAGGCCAAAGUCAGGUUCGCCAAAACUACGAAAGUCAACACCACACGGACCCUUCCGCGUCUGAUCGAAAAGAAUGGCACGUGUAACAUUGAGUCCAGAACCAUCAGGGGUAAGAACAUCCGCUUCAUGAGCGACAUUUUCACCACCCUCUUGGAGAUGCAAUGGAGGCUGUUUCUGUCCUUGUUUGCGCUCUCCGUUGUCUUUAGCUGGGUCACAUUCGCCGGUGUGUAUUUUCUCAUCGCCUACACUAAUGGAGACUUUGAGGAGAGUAAUGUGAUAGAGGAAAAACCGUACUGUGUAGAGAACGCCCAUGAUUUUAUUUCUAUGAUUUUGUUUUCGAUGGAGACGCAGACGACAAUAGGAUACGGAACUCGUUACGUCACAGACAACUGUUCGGCUGCUGUAUUCAUGGUAACAGUCCAGUCUAUUUUAGGGGCUCUUUUACAAGCUCUUCUGACGGGUAUUGUUAUUGCCAAAGUACAGAAACCAAAAAAAAGAGGCAAUACAAUUCUGUUCAGCAAAAAUGUGUGUAUUUAUCAAGACGGGGAGGACAGGUAUUUGUACUUACGUGUAGGGGACCUCCAAAAGUCAGACAUGAUUGACAUGCAUGCACGCGCUGUGUGCGUUAAAGACAAAAUAACAAGUGACGGAGAAUACAUUUCACAUUUUCGCCACGACCUUGAUCUCUACAGUGAGUUAAACUCGAAUCGGAUCUCUCUGAGGUGGCCCAUCGUCCUCCAGCACAAGAUCACACCGACCAGUCCUUUCUGGGCUCUGGACGAGGGCGAGAUCAAGUCCGCGGACUUUGAACUAAUUGUGUUCCUCCAGGGGGUGAUCGAAAGCACGGGGAUGUCGUUCCAGGCCCGUACCUCCUACCUACCUCACGAGAUCCUCUGGCAGCACAAGUUUAAACCCAUGUCCACCGUCUGCACUCCUUCUGGUGUGUUCGAGUUUGACUACAAACAGUUCAACGAGACCAUUCACUUCCCAUCCUCGACCCCGAGCGUCCUCAAGAAGUUUGUCAGGGCCCGCUACAUGCGCUCCUCCUCCCCAGGGGAUUACUCCCUAGGUGGGGAGUCGGGUAUCGCCGAUAUGGACGAUGUCCUAUCAACCAAUUCAGACAGCACCGACCUAUCUAACGACAGCACUAAAUACCAGAAAGUUUCCAUUAAUAUGUACGACUGACAAAACCUACUAAUUUAUCAGACAUGUACGCUUGUUUGGUUUUUGAAGAUUUAUAACAGAUACAUGUAUGAAUGGCGUGGCCAAUAGUGCUGUGAAUUUGCUAUUAAAUGGCGUAUUAUUACUAUGUACUAUUUUUAUAAGAAUUUACUUUGUUUUAAAUUUUUAUAUAUUGAAAUAAAAAUGGUAGAAAUUCAUUUGGUA